CCAGACAAUCGACAUAACCUAAUAUUAAUAUUUUUGAAGUUUAGUCAAGUUUCAAAUGAGUGAAAUAAAUUUUGUCGACUUGCAUAGCGGAGCAGUAAAGAAAGCGGGUGGUUUACAGAUUUCUACCACGGGAAAAUUACUAGUUGGAAUAACAGGAGGAAUCGCACUUGGACUAACGGCCAUUUGUGCACCAUUUAUCAGCCCAGCUUUAAGAAGAUUUUGCUUACCAUAUAUUCCAGCGACAAACGAACAAAUCACAAACGUUUUAAAUGCUCUUAAAGGACGAAAAGGCAGCUUAUUAGAUUUGGGGUCUGGAGAUGGACGAAUAGUAUUGGAAGCCGCAAAGAACAAAUUCGUAUCACAUGGUGUGGAACUGAACCCUUGGUUGGUGCUGUAUUCAAAAUUUGACGCGUUUAAACAGGGCUUGUCGGAUAAUACCAAGUUCCACAGAAAAGAUUUAUGGAAGUAUGACGUAUCGAAAUACAACAAUAUCGUCAUUUUUGGUGUUGAACAAAUGAUGGCCGAUUUGGAGAAAAAGUUGCAAAAGGAAUGCAAGAACUGCAAGGUUAUCGCGUGCAGAUUCCCUUUACCCAAUUUAAUUCCUGAAAAGACGAUUGGGCAAGGCAUCGACAAAGUUUGGGUUUACAAUUUCGAACCGUCCUGACAAUGACAGUACCAAUCUCCAAUAUCGAGGCUUUUUGCCGAUUAUUCUCCAAUAAUCUACUGUGCUAUGAUGAUUUAUUUAUUGAAUUAGUUGUAAGUAUUGUUCCAAUUUUCAUGUAAAUUGAGAAGGAAAUAUAAUUUUAAUCGAU